AGUGGAGCCGGCAGAGGCAGGUAGCAGCAGCCCCGGCUCCUCCAUCCAGAACCUCCGCGCGCCACCAUGCAUGCCGGACCGGGGCGCGCGGCGAGAAGCGGGUCCGUUAACCUGCCGAACUUUGCCUUUUCGUGACGCAGCAGCACACGGGAUGGAUUAAAGGUGCCGGCAGGAUGCCUUGAGCUCGCGCGCACCGCUGUGCCAUUUUACUGGUAAAAGAAGAAGAAUCCACAGAGGGACUAUGGGAGACCUGGAGUGUGGCUUCGAGGAGAUGCAGGGCGUGAGGCUCGGGUACCUGCUCAUCAAAGGCAAGCAGAUGUUCGCCCUGUCCCAGGUCUUCACCGACCUGCUGAAGAACAUCCCCCGGACCACGGUGCACAAGCGCAUGGACCACCUGAGGGUCAAGAAGCACCAGUGCGACCUGGAGGAGCUGCGCAAGCUCAAGGCGAUCAACUCCAUCGCCUUCCACGCCGCCAAAUGCACGCUCAUCUCGCGGGAGGACGUGGAGGCGCUGUACGUGUCCUGCAAGACGGAGCGCGUGCUGAGGUCCACCCGGAGGAAGGACGAGGAGAAGAAGGAGGAAGAGGAGGAGGAGGAACUGUGGAAGGAGAAACUUUGGUUCAGUUUGCGCGGCGUCUCGAGGACAGAGCUGCCUCCUCGCCUCACCGACUCCAAACUACCUCAAUUUUACCACAAAGCGCGCGGGCGGAACCCACGCGCCACGGCCAAGUCCGGCCACAGACUCUUUAAAAACUACGAAACCGAGAAGAGAGCAGGGAACUGCGUCACUUGGAACCAAAGGCGCGCGUUCCUCCGGCAGCCGCUGCUGUUUCACUCCGACCUGCUUCACAAAAGGAAGAGUCGCGAGGGCGCAGCCAGGAGCAGACACGCGCACCAUCAUCUGCAUGCACAACCCGUGCUCUUCCUCCAGCCCAAAACCGCGUUCCACCUCAGCCCGGACCUGUACCUGGACCCCAGACCCCACCAUCAUCACCACCACCAUCACCACCACCACCAUCACCACCACCACCAGUUCCCAGAAGGCUUCAGCAGCGACACCGAGUCCAGCACACACUCGGACUGGCCCGACUCGGACUUCGGCUCCGGGUUCUCCACCAGCAGCAGCGGCUCUGAGGAGGAGGAGGAGGAUGAAGAUGACACAGAAAGUUCAGAGGUCAGCUCCGAGGAGGAGGAGGAGGAGAGCUGCUCCUCUCAGUCCGACUCCAGCUCAGUUUCCAGCCGGGUUUCGGUCCAGAGCAUCCGGUUCAGACGGGCGCGUGUGGGUCUCAGUACCGGUAAAGCACCUUUGGUCCUGCAGCCCACCUUUCAGUACAAGAACCAACAAGAACCUCUGAGUCGGGAUGCGCCACCAGGAGACAGCGGGCACGAAAAAUAUCCAAAUAGUGAUUUUUUGCGCAGUGAGAGCAGCUUCACUUCCUCUGCUGCCAUUUUUACUGAACCUCCAUCAGAGGAGCUGCAGGAGGCCGUUCCGGAGCGGACUCAGGAAGACCCGGUUUCUUAUUCACCAGACCUGGUUAAGGCCUCCCACUUCUCACGCAGGACCCCGGGACUUCCUACCAAGUGCCUCUCGGGACUUGGCGCACAGUUUGACUCCGGUAAGCUCCAGAAAUGCGCAGACAAAAAGGAGACGAGAGGCACCUGCCCGAGGCUGAGCACCCCGCCGAAAAGAAUCAAAACCGAGCCGGAUGAAGCCCCCGAGACCGCGGCCCCCCAUCCGGAUGGCGGCGGCGGCGCAGGCAGGACGCCCCCCUUCAACCUCCACAAUGUGAAAGUUAAAGUGGAGGAGAGCUGGGAUGAAUAUGAAUACCAGAGCCUGGCCGCUGUGGUCAAAUGUAAAGGAGAUAAAAGUCCCGAUGUGGCCCCCAGGUCCCCCUGCUGCCCUCAGGAAUGCAGUCAGGACGCGCCGUGCGCAGAGGAGGGGGAGCCGAGCAGAAAACCCUGCAGGCCUCAUGGGCAGAGGAACAAAACCCCUCGAACAUCCAGGAUAAAGCGACCCCACAAGGCUGCCUCUUCCUCCCCGUCCUCCUCCUCCUCCUCCUCGCGUCCGGCGGGCUCUGGGGAGGCGAGCGCGGAGGAUCUCCCGAGCCGCCGCAGACGCAGCGCCGCGGCGUCGCCCGCCAAGGCGCCCUUCAGCCUCAUGGCCAACUUCCCGUCUCCGCCGUCGCUCGCCGUGGACAGCGACGGGGAUCUGUGCCCCGCGUACUCCCUGAGCUCGCUGAGGGGCCCCGGGCCUCCCCCUCCGUCCCACCCCGUGUGGAGGUGGCAGCCAGGCGGCCAGAUCCUCCCUCCCCCACUGCACAGGACGAGAAAAUACUGAGCUGGUUAAAAAAAAAAGAAAGAAAGAAAGAAAGAAAGAAAGGAAGGAGCCCCAGUGGUUGAGCGCAGCUCGCCAUCUUGCCUUGUGGAGUUCCAGGACGCAGCUCCAGCAGCUUUUGUUCC